GUUCUACAGUCAGCUGUCAUAUCGUAGUAGUUUGUCAUUCAACGUCACCCAUAGUGUAAUAUUAUCAAUAUUUAAAUAGGUCAUAAAUAAUUAAAUACUUAAAUGCCUGUAAUAAAACAAUGAGGUGACGUGGCUAUCCAAAAAUUCUAAUCACUUAUGCAUUCCAAUAACUAAGUUAUACACACAAUAUAGGUAAUAUUUGAAGUUUGAACGAUGGCUGGUGUUCCGGUUAAAUGCGGUACGAUUGUAUCGUUCUGUUUUGUGCUGUAUGCUGUUUAUUUCCGCAAAAAUGAUAUUGGAGACGUGCGGCUGUCUCCUGUGAAAGAUCAUUUACUAUAUUUGGAGAGUGAGAACAAAGUUGGCGAGGGAAAACUUCAGCCGAAAGUCGCGCUUGGCUAUGGCGCGUGUCACGAUCUGUUUGUUAACGCUACUUCGUUAUUGGAUCACAAGGAGCUGAAAGGAAACCCUGAACAUUUCAAUGAGAUCUCAAACAAGGAAGAAUUCCUUAAAAGUUUCGCUUAUUUCUUCAAACAUGGCGCAGCUGCCGAGCGGUUUGUGUCCAAUGGGAAAUUGUAUGAUGAAUUAAUAGAACAAGCUUUGAAACUGCCUGACUCAAGAUGGGCUAUUGGGGGCAAUGCUCCGCUGAUGGCUAAACGGUUCUACAUAGAGGGAUGGAAGGUGCUAUUUGCAGCAAAAAUGAGCAAAAAAUUAAGGAAAUACAUUCCUAAAGAUAUAGAGAUAGUUGGUGGGGAGGAGAAUGAGGAAGUGAAGGAUGAUAUCCACAUGAUUCUAGAGUACAAAACUGAUGAGACAUUUGGUACUCUGAAGGCUCCCAGAGCAAACAGAUACAUUGUACAUAAUGAUGAGAACAAUCCAUUACUCAGUUCCCUGGAGAAGUUUGAUGAACAUUUACCAGGUUUUGGCCCAAACUUACUAGUCAUUAGUGGACUGCAGAUGAUGGAUAACUAUCCCUUUAAAAUUGGAGAUGGUAAAGACUUAAGAGCUGAAAGACUGGACCUAGUCAAGAAACAAAUAUUAUCACAACCACUGUCUACACUGACCCACUUUGAAAUGGCCAGUUAUGUUGACUUGGAGCUUCUGAAACAUCUCACUACCAAAAUACUGCCAUUUGUAGAUUCAGUUGGUAUGAAUGAACAAGAAUUAACAAAUCUAUACAGUGUCUUAGAAUAUGGAGAAGUCAGUGUUGUUGCUGACUCCAACCCAAGAGUUGCUACAGCGUUAGAUCAAAUGCGUAAAACAUUUUUGUUGAUAAGACGCCAGAAUGAAUUGUAUGAGAGUAAGAGAAAGCUUACUCGCAUCCAUGUGCAUACUUUAGCUUACCAAGCCAUAAUGACAGUUAAAAACUCAAACUGGAAGAGAACUGAGGCUGCAGCUGCUAAAGCAUCGCUAACUGCACACAGAUAUGUCUGUAACAGCCAAGAUAUUGCCUUGGAUAAAUGUAAACUGUUACUGGAUGACAGUUUCUCUACAACCACAGAUAAUGACAACACAAGUAGGGUGUUCUUUGAGCCUACCAAACCAGUCUCAUGUUGGGAUGAGGAGAUAAAUGGGGAGUAUGUUGAUAUUUGUGUGGCUCCUGUACUUAUAUGCACUGAGGCUCAACUCACUGCCGGUGCUGGGGACAAUAUCUCUGCUGCAGGGCUGGUACUUCAAGUAGAAAAAUAAACAUGCCAUUUAAUUGCCUUAUAGUUGUUGAUCAACAUCACUUCUUAAUUCAUUCCAUUUGUAAAUGUGUUAUGUAUUUGGUGCCAUUAUUUCAGGAUGAUCUUUUUAAAUAAUAUACUAUAUUUAUUGCUUAAUCAAUAUGACUAGAAUUAAAUAAUUUAUUUAUUGUAAUAUUAAAUUUUACCAUUUUAUUCUAUGGACAGAAGAAGUACACAUAAGACUGGUGGGUAAAUUAUUUAUUUUACAUAAAAUGUAUGUAAUUUAUUUUGUUUUGCUUUUAGAAAAUAAUCAGAACUGGUCAUGAGCAUAGGAACAAAAAUAGUUUUUGCUUCGCGCAUAAUUUUUAUCAUUCCGAAAUAAGUUUUAUUUUUCUACAUUUUUUAAACAAAAUUAUAAUGUGAUUUCUUGCAACAAUAAUUAAAUUAUCUUUAGAUAAUAUUGAAAAUACAAUAACAGUAGAUUAUUAAUAACAUUCCUAAAUUAUAUUUGGCUAAGUAGAUGAUCUGGUGUUAGUUGUUGUUUGAAUAAAAUCCUUUUUUGAUAAAUUUUGUUUUAUUUUAUAUUUAAUCAAACCUUAUGUACACAUUAUAUACAUAUUGUAAUAGGUUACAAAUAAUUUACUGUAGAUGAUAAAGUUAAAGAUGGAAAAUAAAUUAAAAAUUAACAAUCCCCAUUGUGGUACUUAUGGGACUAAACAUAAAACAGGUUGUUGUCUGAUAGUAAAGAAUAGUUGAGACAAAAAUCAAUGAGCUUAUUCCAGGUAUCUUAGGGUAAAGUAAAGAAGGUACCUAGGUGACUAAAAACUGAGUAGACAUGUAUAUAUGUAUUGUAACCAAUAACAAUGUCAUUUUCAGAUCUAGAUCUAAUAUGUAGAAGUUAAAAUACAAUAGUAAUACAUGCAUAUCAAGUGAUAUAACAUACAAAUGCUUAAUUCUAUAGCACACACACACAUUUUUAUUUCAUUUUUUCAUUUUCUGUUUAACUAAUUUAUUUAUUUAUCAGAUAGACCAGGUUUUUUUAUACCUGGAUACUAAAGACUAAGUUAACAUUGUAAAUUCUAAUUAUGGUAAUUUUGACUUAAAAUAAUAUAUGCAUUACUUAGUUACACAAGAACUUUUGUGUUGGCACGCAUCGGAAGGCACCUUGCUAACAAAUAACAAAUUAAAUACAAUAACAAAGAUUUGGUCAAUGUCAACACAUAGUACUGAAACUUAUACAAAUAGUAACAAUAGUUUCUAGUCAUACAAACUAAAUAUGUUAGUAAUAUGACAAUAUGUUAAUUUUUUUACAGCUACCUACAUACAUUAUUGCUAAUUAAAAUAAUGGAGUGGGUACAAUCACUAGUGAUACAAAGAUUUGGAUUACAUGAUUAUAAGUUAAAUUUUAGGAUUACUUUGUGGAUAUGUAAAGAGGCAGCUUACAAAAUUCAAGUUUGCAUAAUCUGGUGAAGUUAUGUGUUGGGAAAUUAUUGUUGUUGUAUCAUACAAAUCUUAUUCAGUCUUGAUAAUUUUGAAUUUAGAGAGAACAUAAUUUAUUCGUCUUUAUCCUCAAACUUGGUCUUCUUAUUUGGGGGUCCCUUAGCUGUGCCUUUAUAUGGAUCAUAGAGCCCGCUCUUGAUGAACCGCUUAGCUGCUUCUAUGUCAACCGAUGGCCUUUUUUCUCGGUCUUUAACUUCCUGCCAUUUUAACAUCGCAGCUUUUAUUCGCUGCAGUUCAUCUUUAAUGGGAUGACUUGUUGGGUCCACGCCCUGUAUCCUCAAAUGGAUCCAGUGCAAUGAAUUUAAAGUGAAUGCUAAGAACAAAUCGAGUUCAAUUUGUGCUGGCAAUAUUAAAUUAUCGUAUUGCUCUUUAAGCGGUAACAAUUGGUCCAAUACCUGUUGUACUUCCAUUAAAUUCUCCUUGAGAGUCUCGCAAUUGUUAACGAAGUUUUGAUUCGUUGAUAAUUCGCCGUAUUUCAAAUCCCAAUCCAUGUUUGUCGUUUGCACUCGUAUGUUGCAAUUAAAUCGAAUGUAGGUCUAUUGCCGAUACACAAACGUACGGCCAGAAAUAUACCACGUUUUAGUCUAAUCUAAUUUAUAACCUGACCCUGAAUUCUG